AUGGCGACGUCCUACGAAACCUUCUCACAGGGCUUCAAAGUGGCUUUGAUCCAGCUUCACCCCAAGCCUCUCGAUCUAGAAUACAACUUCUCCGCCGCCGCAGCGUAUAUUCGCGAUGCAGCGACCCAAGGCGCCUCUUUGGCUGUGUUGCCCGAGUACCAUCUCUCUGGCUGGGUUCCGGAAGACCCGCAGUUCAGCGUACUGGCGCAGACCGCGUACCAAUAUGUCGGAAAGUAUCAGGACCUGGCCAAGGAGCUGAAAAUCAACAUCGUCCCGGGCACCAUUGUCAUGGUCGAUCCGAAGUCCAACUCGUCACCUUCCGCCCCAGGAGCGACGACCAAUGGAACAACACCAGAGAUCAGCACGCAAACUCCUGCUCUCCUGAACAUCGCUUAUUUCAUUGCCUAUACAGGUGAGAUUUUGGGUAGCUACACAAAAGCCAAUCUAUGGCAUCCCGAACGCACAGUCUUGACUUCAGGCCCGCACGCCACAAGGGCUGCAACCCACCACGACCACGCUUCCGCUCCCGUCUCAAGCGAAGGGCCCCCUCCACCGCAUACGAUGAUCGAGACGCCUCUAGGUCCUGUCGGCCUGGUCAUCUGCUGGGAUAUCGCCUUUCCCGAGGCAUUCCGCGCACUAGUCAGGCAAGGCGCGCGCCUCAUCAUUGUCCCGACAUACUGGACGACGGAUGACCUGACGGAAGAGGCGCGUAACUACGGUCCGGAUGUGGACGUCAUGUUCCUGAAGUCGGUCCUCAUUGCGCGAUCUUUCGAGAACACGUGCGCCGUUAUUUUCUGCAACGUCGGCGGACCGGCGGACGAAGGCUACUCUGGCUUGAGUCGCGUCGUUCUCCCCUUGGUGGGGCCGGUUGAGGGUAGUUUUGACUCUGGUGAACCGGGUAUGAGAAUUGUAGAGGUCGAUAUGCGCACCGUCGAUGCUGCAGAGGAGAAUUACAAGAUUAGGGAGGAUCUGGCGAGGGAAGACUGGCAUUAUGGGUAUAGUCAUGGGAUAUAG